CAAAAUCACGAUUCAUCGAACAACGGCGACGACAACUUAACUUUACACACAUUCGCAGCUCGAAGUCAAAGAGACUCCUCCUGCAAUCCGCCGAAUCCCAAAGAAAUCCGCGAAAAAAAAGAGGAAGGGACAGGAGUGGACGACGGGGCAGAAAUGUUUGGCAAUUGCAAGUUGGCGGCAACUUUUAGGCCUUUGGGGCGUCUGCGUUGGCUGAUGGAAGGAAGCUGGUCCGGCUACCAAGGAGUUGCAUUGUCAGCUAAGCGAUCUUUAAUAGGACUGCACUAGGAAAUAUUUUGUUGUGCUAUAUAUCUUAGAAUGUACCUCUUUUUAAACUGAAUUAUAUAAAUU